UAAAUAUAUAUUUAUAUCGUUGAUGAGCACAAGAGGUCGUCUUUUAUUUAUAUAAUGUAACAUUAGUAAGCUAUUAUUAUUAAUAUUAUUAUAUAGACUCAUAGAUACUCCAUGUAGCUUGCUAGCUCUGGUGAAUAUCGUCAUGGCGUUCAUUUGUUCUCGUGUUCGACCCCGAGUUGUUUUGAGCUACCGUUUAUUUUCCUCCGUAGCGAAAAGCAGAGACAGAGAAGCCCGAGACGAAGUGCCCGUAUUCCGCUAUGUAGGAGAGCGCAGGAAGCCCAGUGAGAAAGUGUUUGUGUGGGGCUUCAGCUACACCGGAGCGCUCGGCAUUCCCAGUUUUGUGGUUCCUGACAGCGGCAGGAAAAAGCCGAGAAAAUACCAACUGACCCCUUACCGCCUCGACACGGAGCAAAAGAUCUCUUCAGCAGCCUGUGGUUAUGGCUUCACAUUACUGGCAUCGAAAACAAAAGACAUCACCAAAGUGUGGGGUAUGGGCCUCAACAAAGAUUCCCAGCUGGGCUUCCAACGCACCCAACACGACCGGCAUAAAAGUUAUGAAUAUGUCCUGGAGCCAUCCGCUGUGUCUCUGCCGCUGGAGAACCCUCAGGAGACACGCGUCCUACAGGUUUCCUGUGGUCGAGCUCACUCUUUAGUGCUCACAGACUCUGAAGGAGUGUUCAGCAUGGGUAAUAAUGCCUAUGGCCAGUGUGGAAGGAAAAUUAUUGAGGAUGAAGUUUACAGUGGCAGCCAUGUUGUCCACAAGAUAGAGGGAUUUGAUAGUCGAGUUAUUCAGGUGGUGUGUGGGCAGGACCACAGUUUAUUUCUGAAUGAAUCAGGAUCUGUGUAUGCCUGCGGCUGGGGGGCGGAUGGACAGACAGGUCUCGGCCAUCAUAACAAGUCUGCGUUACCUGUCCGAGUCGGUGGUGACCUGGAAGGGGUCAGAGUUCAGCAGGUGAGCACGUAUGGAGAUUGCAGCCUGGCCGUGUCCGAAGAAGGUCAUGUCUUUGGCUGGGGGAACUCAGAGUACCGACAACUCGCCUCCGUCACCGACACCACACAGGUCAGCUUUCCACGUCUGCUUCCUCUUAAAGGAGUAGGUAAGGUGACACAGGCAGCAUGUGGAGGAACACAGGUCGCUGUACUCAACGAGGAUGGAGAAGUAUUUGUGUGGGGAUAUGGAAUCCUGGGAAAAGGGCCUAAUCUCUCUGAAGCAGAGACCCCAGAGAAAGUGCCGUCGACACUUUUUGGGAAAUCUGAAUUCAACCCAAUGGUUAAAGUGUCUCACAUUCGCUGUGGCCUCAACCACUUUGCAGCCAUCACAGAUCGCGGUGAGCUGUUUGUCUGGGGCAAGAACGUGCGAGGAUGUCUUGGCAUCGGGAAACGGGACGAUCAGUAUUUUCCAUGGCGGGUGACUGUACCAGGUCAUGUGGUGGACGUCGCAUGUGGUGUGGAUCAUAUGGUGGCGCUGGUCAAGUCUCUCAUAUGAGCUGAAGCUGUGGAGGACUUCACACCGCUUCCUGUUUAGAAGCUUGCUCUAAAUCUUCCCACUUCAACUAAGAGGAUUUAUUGUGAGUAGGACACGCGACACCUCACGGAUUUGACGUCUGGAAAUCUGUUUGCAUUCAGUAAUAACGUUAAACUGCUUAUGCACCUGAGUAUCACCUGUACGAUCAAAACCAGGCUGGAAGUUUUUUUUUUUUUUUUUUUACACUCUGUUUAUUAUUGUAUUUUUUGGAGCGAGCCAUUUAAGAAAUUAACAUGUAAUGAUCCUUUAACAUUGUGAGUGACUCAUGUCUCUUGCGUCAGCACAGAGAAACCCAACAUCUGUUCUGCUUGGCUUUGCUGUACAAUGACUCAAGUCUGUUCUGUUAAAAACUUGUCUUAACCUAAUGCAGGAUUGGAAAAAGUACAAUAUAUUCAGCCAAUCAAAACAAAGAGGCAACUUUAUUGAUCGUCUCACGCUAGUUAGGAACACUGAAGGAAAAAAAGAGAUUUGUUAAACACAUUUAUAGCAAAGUUCCUCAAUAUAACAUUCAUUUAAAAAUUUAAACCUGAAUAACUACAUUUUCUAUUAAACUGUACAAAAAAAAGAAUGAAUAAAAAAAAUUGUUUUAUUCACUGUUUUUGUCCACUAGCAACUGUCACAUUCUCUGACACACGAGGUACUUUUACCUCAGUGGAUUUGGGUCGAGGGGAGGGAGA